UACACUUAAAAAAUGAUUUAAGGCGCGAAGGAAUUUAUUGUUUAGGAUAGUUUGAAUUGGUAAGCGUUUGUGACAGAACGCCUAACAAUGGAGGAAGGGGUUCCGAGAUUGCCUCUGUUGAAUAGAAAAGCAGAGCAGAAGCUCAAUAGUGGAUCUGCUUGGACUCAUACGAGUGAUGAUCUUUCUUCUGAAAUCCUUUCAGUUUGUAAUCCCAAUGAGCUUGCUAAAGAGAGUUGGAUUGAAUCGAAGAAGCUCUGGUACAUUGCUGGCCCUGCAAUUUUCACAGCCAUUUGCCAAUAUUCCCUUGGAGCCAUUACACAGACCUUCGCCGGCCAUUUGGGGACCAUUGAGCUCGCUGCUGUGGCUAUUGAGAACUCUGUCAUAGCUGGACUGGCUUUCGGAACCAUGCUAGGCAUGGGCAGUGCUUUGGAGACACUAUGCGGCCAGGCCUUCGGAGCAGGGCAGAUACACAUGUUGGGAGUAUACAUGCAGAGGUCAUGGAUUAUACUGAAUAUCACAGCCCUAUUUCUGAGCCUUUUCUAUAUUUUUGCGCCCCCAAUAUUGAAGCUAUUUGGGCAAUCUGAUGAAAUUUCAGAUCUUGCAGGGAAGUUUGCCAUAUGGAUGCUUCCUCAGCUGUUUGCAUAUGCCCUGAAUUUUCCCAUCCAGAAAUUUUUACAGUCUCAGAGCAAGGUCAUGGCUAUGGCCUGGAUUUCCGCACUAGCCCUAGUCUUGCACAUUUUUUUGAGCUGGCUGUUUAUCUUGAAAUUAGGAUGGGGUUUAGUUGGGGUAGCGGUUACUCUGAAUUUGUCCUGGUGGAUAGUGGUUUUAGGGCAGCUGGCAUAUGUAGUUUCAGGGAGCUGCCCUGGUGCAUGGAAUGGACUGUCAUGGCAGGCGUUCAAAGAUUUGGGGGCAUUUGUGAGGCUCUCCUUCGCUUCUGCCGUGAUGCUGUGCCUUGAGUUUUGGUAUCUCAUGAUAUUGAUUGUCUUGACAGGUAAUCUUACAAACCCAGAAAUCGAAGUGGACUCCAUUUCAAUCUGCAUGAAUUUGAAUGGAUGGGAAAUGAUGAUAGCUGCGGGAUUCUAUGCUGCUGUCAGUGUAAGAGUAUCAAAUGAACUUGGAGCAAGACGCCCCUCAGCUGCCAAGUUCGCUGUAGUGGUGGUGACUUUAACCUCAACGGUGAUAGGCCUAUUCUUUAUGAUCCUGGUUUUCCUUACCAAAAAUGAUUUUCCAGUGCUUUUUACCAAUAGCAAAGCAGUUAUGGCAGCAGUAAGCAGCCUAUCCACCUUACUUGCCCUCACAAUGCUUCUCAACAGUGUGCAACCAGUUCUAUCAGGGGUAGCAGUAGGAGCAGGAUGGCAAGCACUGGUGGCCUAUGUGAACAUAGGCUGCUACUAUAUUGUUGGGGUGCCUCUCGGUAUUUUUCUGGGAUACAUGUUCAACCUUGGAGCCAAGGGUAUUUGGAGUGGCAUGAUUAGUGGAACCUUGCUACAGACAUUGAUUCUUUUGUUUAUCACAUGGAGGACAGACUGGAACAGAGAGGCCUCAGAAGUCCAAGAUAGGAUUAAGGUAUGGGGAGGUUCAGUAGACCCCAUCUAAUGUAAUGUUGGUUUUUCCUUUCCUUCUUAGGUUGUGGGAGGCGGAUUUUGUAAUGGAGGGAGUUAGUUUGUUUUGGGGGAGAGAAUUUUAUAUGGAGUUGUGGCUCUUUGUGACAUCUUUUUGUUAGAAAUGGAAAAUGAAUGAUUACUGUGA